AGAGAGGCAUGUCAUCUCUCUCUUCAAAAAUUCAACAGAAGAGUGCUCAGAUCUCUUUUUUCUUAGUUUUUGAUCCGCACACCUUUUCCUGACAUAUCUGACGUCCCACCUUAAUCUCCCAACCCUUGCUUUCUACAAUCAAACAGCUCUCUCUCUCUCUCUCUCCUUUUUAUCACCCAACCACUCUUGUAGUGCAUAAAAAACAACACCCCAACCCAACAUCUCAGUCACCACCAUUGAAGUGCCUGCAAUUCCCCAUAUGAUGUCCAUCGGUGGCGUUGUUUCGGGAUGGUUAGAGAGAACCCAGCUCCUUGGUUGAAGGAUUCUGGUAUCGGAGAUAGCUUAUGCAGCAAAUAAUCUUUGGAGUUAUUUCCUCUGGAGUUUUCUAGCUUUAUGGAAUUAUUAUGAGGCACAUUUAUGAUGAGCCCGCCUGAUGAGCAGGUUGGAUUGCGCACAGGUUGGUGCGUGUAGCUGUACAUUGGAGCCUACACUCUACGCACAUUUGGGCUCUGCAAAACUAAUUUUCUACACUAUCUUCUGAAACUAAGGCAUAUCAGACCGACUAGCAUCUCCGAUUGCAGUCAAUGUCGUAUUAUAACAGUGAAGGGGUAGCGUGCCUGCAGCCAUUGUGUGGUGGGACCCAGCAUUUCUAUUGAGAAUUUCAGCAUUUGACAAUUUUUCCUUCUGUCUACCCAAACAUGACAACACCCAACUCUGAUUUCGAACCUGAAGCCCCUUCCGAAGACGAAUCUGAUAUCAGCAGCCAAGUUGCUUCCAACAUCUCCAUCCAAGAAACCUCCCAGGACCCCUCCAUGUGCCCCACCGUCUCCUCCCCCACAGAUCCUAUCAACCUCCACCCAACUCCCGAUACAAUCUCCCUCAACCUGACACUGAGCUGCAAUGGUCGUGAUAACGAAUUGGGACAGAAUCCAACCGUUGGAUUUUCAUUAUCAAGCACAAGCGAGAGCAGCAGUGGGGCCCGCCAAUCCUCAGUCAUCCCAAGAGUCUUCUCAUGCAACUACUGCCAGCGCAAGUUCUUCAGCUCCCAGGCUUUGGGUGGCCACCAGAAUGCACACAAGAGGGAGCGGACGCUGGCAAAGCGGGCCAUGAGGAUGGGCAUCUUCUCAGAGAGGUAUGCUAGCCUGGCGUCACUACCACUGCAUGGGUCGGCAUGCCGGACUCUAGGAAUCAAAGCGCACUCCCUCUCGCAUGAUGGCACGUUGGUGAGGCCUGAAAGUCGGGGUGGCGCAAGAUUCCAACACGGGCUUCUUGGGCUGCCUGUUUACAUGGAGGAUGACGAGAUGGACAUGUACUGGCCUGGGAGUUUUAGGCAGAUUCCGGACGGUGGGCAAGGAUUCGAACUGGCAGGAAGUUCAAAUUUGAAUUUUAUAUCCGUUGGUCCUCCCCCACCCCAAGAGGAUUCGUCCAUGCCUGAUCUUACGUUGAGACUUUAAAAGAGGUCGCUCUCUCUCUCUCUCUCUCUCUCUCUCUCUCUCUCUCUCUCUCUCUCGUCUCUUCUCUCUUCAUGGUGAGUGCAAUGCUAGAUUCUAUGUACAGUGAGAUAAAUGAGAGAAUCCGAGAUCGAGUUUUGUUUUUUCUUUUUUUUUAAAUUGCAGUUUUGUACUGAAUCUGUUGUUGUAUUGGGUCUUUAAAAAUUUUCAGUGUUAAUGCUUGUUAUAGGGUGGAAAUAUGUGGUGAAUUUUCAAUGCCAAUGCAUGUUUCCUUUCUUUC